CCCCCCCCCCGUUUCUCGCUUCUCGCCAUUUCCCCUCCUGCCGACCGGUUCGCACCGGGGAGAAAAGAGGACCCGAGGGCGCACCUUUCGGCGGAUGAGCAGCCCGCCACUCACGGCCCAUCGGCCCAUGACAGCCAUGCAGCCCUUGGUCCUGCUACUUUCGCUGGCCUCGCUGCACCUGCUGACUCUAUUCGUUGGUCCUUCUCGAGGCCAGGAUCUCUUCUUGCACGCGGCUAGCUACCCCGUCCUGCAGGGGCUUGCGCCGGUGUCCUUUGCCACGGCGGCCAACCAGGGCUCAGUGGCCGGGGUGUCGACGAGUGCCGAGUUUUUCCACAUCAAAGCACAGGAGGACGGUGUGGCCGGCCUUUCGGAGGUUCGGUGGGGUCUCUUCUUUGAUGGGCACAAGUCUUCCAUUUCACGGUUACGCUCUGGCGAUCCCUGGCCGGGACAAGUCAUGAUGCUCCCUGUGGGGGAUUCCCUGGAGCCCGUGCUGGUGGAACACACCUCGAGCCAUGUGGGUCUGCUCUCCUCGAUGAAUGCCUUUCCCCUGCCCGGGGCGAGUGCUGAGUUGCUGGCUGGCAUUGCCGUUAGCGAUGAAUCUGUCGAAGUGCUUGGUGUGUCCAAACAGGCCGCCGGUUCGGAGGGCAGUGUUUUUAUGGGCAAUCUGACGCCAGCCAGCCUGAACUUGAAGCAGGACCCUGUCAUCGCCACCGCCGGCCUGGUUGUGGCGGCCCCCGGCAUCGGGCGGACCUUCUUCCUGGGCAAUGGCGAUCGCCUCUUGGCCGCCAACUGGCAACGGAACCCCGUGGUGGACUCUCUCAAUGUCUCUUCGGAUAUUCGCGAUCUGGCGGCCACGCGUUUCUUUUCCACCGCGGCCGACUGCCCUGAUGGCUUGGAUGUGGUUGUCCUUCUUGAGAGCGGGACAGUGCUUGUGUAUCAGUGUUAUGAUCUUUGGCCGGAUACGUCCUUCACCUCGGUGGCAUCCCCGGUCCGGCCGUCUCCGGCGGAAGGUCGGAUCUUGGCUCCGCCGGGCCGGGCCAUGGCCGACAGCACGGCGCCCUUCUACCUGGUUCUUGCCGAGGCGGUGGAUGCUCGUGACCGAUUGUGGAUGGCCGUGGCACAUGCCGGGGAAUUCUCCUGGCGUCGGGUCAUCCUGCCGCCGGGCUUCGCCGAUGACCUGGAGGACUUGCAGCUAGUGCGCUUGAAAAUCACCGCCACCGGUUCUGGCGAGUGGACCCUCGUGUCGGGAAACACCGCGCUAUUUCCGCCGGAGGUCUUUGGCUGCGGCACCGAUCACACCAUCGUCUGCGAAGAUGGCACCCCUCCCAUCAGCUCAUCGCGCGGGUGGUCCUGUGCUCUUGGGCAUGCGGCGUCGCCUUUCGUGUCGCCUGCCUUCCUGUGUGCGGGCUGUGCUGAUGGCUGGUAUUUGGACCGGCCCACCGAUGGGGCACCCUUCUCCCAGCCGGAUCAUGUGUGUCGGCCCUGUCCCUAUCCCCAUUGUCGGACUUGCAGUGCCGAUGGCUGCCUCGUGUGCGAGGACUCCUUUUUCCCGGAAAAUAGCGGCCAAUAUGGGCAGACCCUCUGCGUGGAGACCUGCUCAGUGGGCUUCACCGAGAUCGCCGGCACCUGUCAACCACGCGGCCUGUCGCCGACACCGUUGAGCAUCACCGUUCCCCUGGGCGAAAGUUUGCCGGGCUUGCCGUCGGGCGUGACGGUGGUCGCCAUCGGGCCCACCUGGCUGUCGGUGGAUGGCAACUCCUCGCGCCCGAUCAUUCCACGAAGCCCGGGGCUGGGUUCCCCCCCGCCCGGGGUGCUUCUCUUUGCCUCCUCGCGAAGCGUCUACUUCCUUCCGGCCAGUGCCAUUGGUCAGUUGACGAAGCCCCCACUUCAGCCGGUGUCCCUCCUUGGCUCCUCUUUAAAUGCUGAUUUUCGGUCUUUUGCCGAGGCCGGGCCGUUCCUCCACAACGGCCGAUUGAGCCACUUGCUAUUAAUGUGCACUGACGGGGGAUUCCUCUUCCUUGCGUGGCUCAAUUGCGAGCCCGGCGAGGCCGCCAUGUGCGUCUCCGAGCCUGCCUAUGCCGAGGGAACCUUCAUUUCCGGCUGCAUCGAGGUCAGACGUCUGGAUGCCGGGCGUGCUCUCGUCCUGACAUCGGAUCAGGCGCAGUUUGUCCUUGAAGCCGAUCCCAGCACCAAGACUGUGCUGACCGAGGUCGUCCAAGGGGUGGGCUUUGUCAAUCUCUUCGCGCCGGGGGAGACGUCGGCCGGCCGUGCGAAUCCCGCCCUCGGGGACUGGCUACUGUGGAGCACCUUCUCGGGCCGGGCCACGGUCAGCCCAUGGUCUCUGCUGGGAAGCGACUCACGCAAGCAGGCCAUCACCGGUGCCCUCCUGCCGGGGAUGCCGGAUGAGGGCAGCCUCUUCGCGCCAGUCCUUCUCCCUCGAGGGGCGGGAGCCUGGCCGGAGUUAAUUCUGACCAAGGCUCAGGGCCCCGAGUGGCUGGUUCUCCAGGUGCCCGGCGACAUGCUGCCAGCUGGCCGGUCCAUCGACCUGGCAUACAGCCGCCAUGUUUUGGGGGUCUUCCCCCAGGGGCUGGCCAAUCCCGUGGGCGGCCGGCUGGAUGCCCUGUUCCAGGGGGUUGCCCUGCCAAAUGGCGGCCCGGAGUAUCCGAGUGUGCUGCUGGUCUUGGCGCGGGCUUUCCUGGGGGCUUCGCUGCUCCGUUGCCCGGAUGGCGUGGCCGGUCGGUGUGCCCUUCAGCCGGCGGUGUUUGUCAGCCUGCCGGCCGAGCUGCGCCUUGCGUCCGGCACGGGGCCCUGGCUGCCGGUCAUCGCCCAGGCCGGGCCGGGGCCAUCCAUCGAGUCGGCACAGGCGCCACCGCGGGGGACGAUCUUGACCUUGCUGCUCCUUUCCCCCAGCACCGGGCAGCUGGUCUUCUCGCUGGAUAACAGUUGCCCGGUGGGCACGUAUGGCGAUGUGUGUCGUGCGUGCGAUGGGACCUGCCUCGGAUGCAGUGGCCCGGGCCCGGGAGCGUGUACAUCCUGCUCGGCGGGGCAGCUGCUCCAUGGUGGCGCAUGUGUGGGCGUCUGCCCGGGUGGCAUGUGGCCCGAUGUGGGUGCCGGUGUGUGCCGGGCUUGCCCGGUGGGCUGUCUGGCGUGCCAGUCGCCGACCCAUUGCACGGCGUGCGGUGGGGCUUUCUUCCGAGCCGAUAACUCCUGCUGGCCCUGCCAUGGGUCGUGUGCCGAAUGUGCCAAUGGGUCCAGCUGUUUGUCCUGCAAAGUGGGACUCAUCUUCCUGGAGGUGGAUGAGCUGGUGGACUCGCUGUGCGGAAGUACCUGCCCGCCUGGGGAGUUUGUCGGGAGCGACCGGUGCACCGAGUGCGCCGCCAGUUGCGAGCUGUGUGUCGGCAGUGCGACCGCGUGUCAGGUGUGUGCGAGGGGUUUCCGCUGGGCCAGCAAGCCGGCACCCGGGGCCCCUGGCGCAUGCGUGCCCUGUAGCCAAGGGUGUCAGUCGUGCACGGUGGACGGGUGUUUGGCCUGCGAGCCGGCUCUCCUCCUGGCACCAGGGGCCGAUGCCUGUGUGCCUGCCUGUCCGCCGGGGAGCUGGGCCAAUGGCGAGUCCUGCCAGCCAUGCGACCUCAGUUGCCGCACAUGCGUCGGCGGGGAGAGCACCGAGUGCACUGGCUGCGAUGUCGGGCUGGAGCUUCUCGACAGUGCCCCCGGGGUGGGGACCUGUGUGUCGGGCUGCGGUGAUGGCCAGUUCCGGGAUCCGGUUUCCGGCCAGUGUGUGCCCUGUGCUCCGGCCUGCGCCACAUGCAAUGGCCCGACGGACCGGGAUUGCUGGCGGUGCAAGGAUGCCCUGUUGCAGGAUGAUGGCUGUGUCCAGCAUUGUGCCACCCGGCAUGUGGCCGUCAAUGGGCGGUGCCUGCCUUGCCAUGCUUCGUGUGCGGCAUGCACCGGUGUCCGAAGCACCGAGUGCACCACCUGCCUGGGGGGUCUACUGGCGCUGGCGCCCGGGCCAUUGCCCGUGCGCUGUGUGGAGGCCUGCCCGGUGGGGUAUAACACGUCGGAUUCCGGCUGCACCGCCUGUCGGGACCAUUGUGCCACUUGCCCGAGCGCUCCCGGCACAUGUGCGCAGUGUGAGCGUGGGUGGUUUCUCGACCAGGCGGCCUGUGUGGACGCUUGCCCGGGUGGCACGUUCUCCAUGGGGAGCCUGUGCGCCGGCUGCCAUGAGACCUGUGCCACUUGCUUCGGGCUGGAGGCCGACCAGUGUCUCGCCUGUGGUGCGAGUGCCCCGUUGGCGUGGGGCAAUCGGUGUUAUGCGGCCUGUCCGGGUGGCACCUACCAGAGCGGCCUCCAGUGCCUGCCCUGCCAUGGCACAUGUGCCAUGUGCUCCGGGCCCGGGGCCAAUGAAUGCACCGGUUGCCAUGGCAGCGGCGUCAGGCUCAAUGGGUCCUGCCUGGCUGGCUGCCCGAGGGGCUACUUUCCGCAGGGCGACCUGUGUGUCGAGUGCCAUGCUUCCUGCGGCGCGUGCGAUGGUCCGGGGCAUUGCACGGACUGCCUGCUGGGGCACAUGCUCCAGCCGGAUGGGGCCUGUGUGGCCGACUGCCCGGUUGGGUGGCUUGGCUGUCGGCAAUCGAAGCGGUGUGUCGCCUGCCCGCCGGGGUGCCUGGCGUGCGAGGCCUCCGGGUCGACGUGCGAGCCCCUCUGCACGGUGUGCGAUCCGGAGCACGUGCUUUCUGCGGGUGCGUGUCUUUCCUUCUGCCCGGUCGGGGAGUUCCAGCCCCCGGGGUCGGGCUUCUGUCGGCCAUGCGCGGGGACCUGCUCGAGUUGCUUCGAGGCCGCGGACCGGUGCACCGGUUGCCAUGUGGGGCUCCUCCAUCCGGCCGAGGGCACUUGCGCCGGGGCCUGCUCGGGCUCCCUGGUUCCGGUGAAGGGGGUGUGUCUUGGCUGCUUCGCCGGGUGCGAGGCAUGCGAGGCGCCUGCGGACCAGCCGGAGUGCGAGCUUCAUGUUGAUGGGUCGUUGGCUUGCCCGGAUGUUGCCACCUGCCGGCGCUGCGAGCCGGGGCUCCUUCUUUUGGGGGUCGAUCUUUGUGUGGGCUCCUGCCCGGUGGGCUUCUUCCCGGAGGCGGAUGGCGCCGUGUCGCCGGCCUGCCUGCCCUGCCAUGUGAGCUGUCGCGCGGGCUGCGUCGGUCCGGCUGCCUCGGACUGCCAGCAGCCCCCCGGGUCGACCGGGUCUCGCGUUGGCCUGGUCGUGGGGCUUUCCGUGGGCUUGUUGCUUUUGGCCAUCCUGCUUGUGGUGGCGGUGGUGAUCUGGGUGUAUCGGCGCCGUGGUGCGGCGACAUCAAGGAAGGCCCCCGACACGGAGGACGCCACCAUGCUGAACACCAUCGUGGAGCUGGCCCUGCCCGGGACGAUCCUGGUCGACAUGGCGGUGGACUUUGUCCCGGAGCCCGGGGAGGCGAUCGGCGCCGGGAGCCAGGCCAGCGUGGUGGCCGCGCGGGCCAUCGGAGCCGGUAUCUCCGCUCGGCUGGGCUGCCCGGAGGUGGUGGCCAUCAAGGUGCUGAAGGCCGAGGGCAUGAAGCCCACCCAUGUGUCCAUGUUCCAGAAUGAGGUUGCCUUGAUGUGGCUGCUGCGGGAUCAUGGCACCAUCGUGCGACUGUAUGGCUACAGCCAAAGUCCGCCGGCCAUCGUGAUGGAGCGCUUCGAGGGGGACUUGAGCACGUUGCUGCAUUCGGAGGUUGUCCUGUCGCCGGUGCAGCUGGCGGACAUUUGCCGGCAAUGGGCCACGGGGCUGGAGGCGAUGCAUGCCCAUGGGGUUGCUCAUUGUGACCUGAAGUCGGGCAAUGUAUUUGUCAGCCCGGUGGCCGGUUCGUGGCGGGCAGCCCUCGGGGACUUGGGGACGUCGAAGAACCUGAACACCGAUCGAUCCUCGGCCCUCAUCACCACCGUGCCGAAGUUGAAUGCCAUGAGUGCGCGGUACGCGGCGCCGGAGCUGCUGGCGGCCUUCCGCCGGGGGGUGUCCCUGGAGCCGGGGCUAUUCUUCCCGGCGGACAUCUAUGCCGGGGCGAUCUUGCUCAAUGAGUGCCUCACUCGAACUGUCCCCUGGGCCGGGAUGAGCCUGCAGCAUAUUGCGGAUGCCGUGCAGACGGACCAGCGGCCGGUGUGUGUGCAUUCGUCUCAUGCUGCCGAGGGGCUGGUCCAGGCUGCUUGGCAGACGGAUCCCGAGCGGCGCCCCCUGGCGGCCACCUUCCGCCAGCAAUGCGCCGCGCUCUUUGUGGCCGCCGGCGGUCUGAAUGGCUCCUGACCGGGCGCGAGCUCGGCCGGGCUCCGACUUGCCGGCAAUCGGGGGACGGCUUCGAGGCACGCUUCGCCUUUUGGAAUACAGACAAGCGGCCGGCCAAAUGAGCCAUGGCCGAUGGCCGCUGUGUAUUUGUGUGUGUCUGUUGACAUGUUUGUGUGUUUAUUUGCUCAUGUCUCCAAGGGUGCAUAUGUGCCGGUGUGUUGAUGUGCAUGUUUGCCUGUGUCUGACGCUGAUGAUGGCGCAUUGUCGGAGAGCGGGAGGAGCGUGGCUGGGACCAUUGGGUGGUUGUGCUUUUGGCGGAAAAGGAGGAGGGAGGAAGCCCCCCGAGGGAGCAGGCUACGCUCUCCCUGGGGACAAGUCGCCAGUGGCGAGGUGUCCCUCCGCCAAAAUCCCCCUCUCCCGUUCGAUGUCUCAGGGCAAGGCCGUCAGCCUCUCCAAAGGGACGCCACAAGAUGUCGGCAUUGAGCUGGGCGUUGUCGGCCAUCAGCCACCCAGGGGCAGGGCGCCGAUGGGCCCCCGGCGAGCCGGACCGAAUGGCACCCGGGCGCAUGCAUGCUGCAUGGCCCUGCCUGGAAGCUAACGACCCGAGGGCCAUGGCAUCCAAGCGGCUGCCAGUCUGUCGGGGCUCGAGAGGACAGCCCGGAUCCCCGCCCGGCCGUCGGGGGCCAAACACACAACCGUUCCCCCCGGCGAGCGGAUGCGUUCCCACACCUUGCCCUGGCGCCGGAGACCAGCCCCCGAUGACCGGGGCGGUGCGGCUGGCGCACGGUCCAGCAGCACCAGAGCAUCGACAGUGCGGUCACAUCACACGCUUCCCCAUGGGAUCGCGAGACACGGCCGAGGGCCAAAGCAGGGGGCAGAGCCGCCACCUGGACCAGCCGGCGAGGGCAGGAGAUGCCUGACCACCGGCUCCCCUCUACAGCCCGGCCAAGCAGCAUGCUUGUGGGCAGACCCCCCCCCCUCCCCGCCGACGGCCUGGCCAGGCGAGGGGCAGCACACGAUCCAGCUCCAUCUCCCAAGUGGUGGCCUCGGCUCAAGUAGGGCGCUCACUCGAUCGGCGAGGCUGGGAUUUUGGUGCCCCGUCGGCCUGGACUGACUGGCACUUGGGCCUUGACCACCCGGCAGCCAACAGGGGCCCCGCGUCGAGGACCGGCGAAGCCGCACGCGGCCGCGCGUGCCCCACGCGUCGAGGGAUGUACAAGCCGGAAGCCGGGCGGAGGGCGGCCUGGAAGCCGGGUGGAAAGUAACCGGUUUGGGUGAUCGGCCUAAGGUGGGCCAGCACCGGCCAGCACCGGGACAGAAAGAAACUACGAGAGGGCGAGAGGGCUGGGCGUGGAGGAAGAAGAUGAGAAAAAAAGGCGCCUCUUCGAGGUGGUGCCUCUUCGCAUGGUGGCGUGAGUGGCGAAUUAGGCCCGGGAAGCAGGCAAACCACCACUCGGGGAGCGGUGUUGGAGGGAGGCGGGGCAUCCUGGGGCAGAGGCCCGACGACGCGCCAGGGCAGGCUGGGCCUUGGAGCAGGCUGCGUUUGGAGCAUGGCCCGGCCGGCCAGCCGAGCCCGAUGCUGUCAAGGCAUCGGGGCAUGCUCGUCCCAGGGACCGAUGGUCAUGUCGCACUUGAUGUGCUAUCCAUGGCGCGGGUCAUGCCCGGCAGAGCCCUCCCUCGCGUGCAGGGCGACGGUAUCGCCGUCAAUUGAAAGCGUCCUCCCCCUGCCGGGGUACCAGCCCGCCGGACGCGCACGCGUAGCCCGGCCCUGUCGGAGGGGUCCCAUCGCCACCCUUGGCAAUCGGUGCGGGACCGGGCGUGGGAGGCCCUCUCCCCCUUCCCCGCCCCCCCGAUCAUGGAGCGACGGCUGGGGGGAUGGCAGAGCGGUUUGGCGGAGGCGUCGCCCAAAGGGGCAGAAGACUCUCUGGGCCGUGGAGGAAUCCACCACAAGCGUGGGAAAAUGACCGGAGAUGCCCUCUAGACGCGUGUUGCAUGUGGUUGUCAAUGGGGGGAUGUCUCGCACACCUGCCCAACGGCCUUGGCAGGGGGGUAUGCGGGAAAAGUCCCCGACCAACAGGAUGCCCGAACGGAGAGGCACAUGCGUCGGGGGCACGCCCAUCGGCCGGCCCUGCGGCGGGUCCCCCGAUCGGCUCAUCGCGACCGAGCCCGAAGGACCCGAGGGAGGUCGUGUGGAGGGCCCGCCUGACUGCCAAGCCCUUGGCGACGGAGCGUCGAGGCGUUCUCGGAAAGGCGACUGACACACGCCUCUCGGGCGGACGCGCGGGCCCGUUCUCGGGCCUGCCCUCGAGCUUUUUUGGCGUCCGAAGGCCCUUGUAGUUUGCCCGCCCGCUCCACCUGGUCGAUUUGCCGGAGCCGCCCUCUUCGGCGACACUGGGGCCCGGGCGGAGGCAUGUUGGCCUUCGUGCCUGUGGUCGUUUUCCGGGAUGGCCUCCGGCCGGUUCUCCUGCCAAGGGGGCAAGUCUCCGCCGGCGGCAGCCUCGCCGGGGCAGUCUCGUCUUCAGGAGGCAGGGGUAGGCCCUGCGCGUGGUGCUCGCGAAGCGGCG